AUGAUCUACAACAUGGCAAUAUCUGCAGCAGCAAAGGCCAGUGACCCAAAGAGCGCAACAAUGUGGUUCCAAAAGCUGAAGUCUGCAGGAUUGACUCCCGACACAUUCAGCUACGCUGGCGUGAUCAGUGCUUACAUUGCCAGCAAUGCCCCGACGGAGGCGGAAAGCUGGCUGCAAUCAGCGAUGCAGGAGGGCAUGCAGACGACUGCACUCUUCAACAGCAUGAUCGAUGGUUAUGGGAAAGCUGGCGAUGUCAAAGCCGCAGCUGUGAUCUUCGACACUAUGAGGUCCUCGGCUGUCCUCCCCAACACGACCAGCUACAACACACUCAUCAAUGCGUAUGCGCAGGCAGGGCAAAUGCGCUCGGCCAUAGCUACGAUGUCAGAGAUGCGCCGGCGAGAACUUCGACCUGACACUAUCACGUACACUUCUGUCAUCGCUGGGCUUGCAGGCAUUGGUCGAACUGCACUGGCAGAGGAAUGGCUGGACAGCAUGAGCCGUGCUGGCUGUGAGCCGAACCAGGUGACCUUUGGCACGAUCUUACGACACUGUGAGAAGCGACAUAAAAUUCAACCAGCAGAGCGCAUAUGGACCAAGAUGAUCAACUGGAGCGUGGAGCCUAACUUAGUUCUUUUCAACACAUUCAUGAACAUCUAUGCGGCGGAUCGAAAUUCAGCAAAGGCGGAGACUCAGUUUCAGAACAUGGUGAAAUCAAAGCAAAUGCCAGACCUGAGGAGCUUCGGGUCACUUAUCAAAGCUGCCGCACGUGUGCCAGAUUUCGCACGUGCUCGCCUGUGGGUGGAACGCGCGAGCCGUGCUGGUGAAGGGCCAGAUGUCCGCAUUUUUUCUUCAAUGCUGUCGGCGUGCGCCCAGGUGGGCGAUGUAGAGCAGAACCGUAAAAUCCUACAGCAGAUGGAACUCACUGGCAUCCCAAAGACUGUUGUGACUUACAGCACACUGAUCCGGACGUGUGCCAUGGCUGGGGAUCUCAAGGAGGCGGAAAGGACAGUGGAUGAGAUGAGGCAAGUAGGCAUAUCCCCGAACUCCUGGACAAUCAAUGCAAUGAUGACAGCAUGUGAAAGAGCUCGGCAACCUUUGUCAGCCGAGCGUUGGUUUUCACGGUUGGUUGCCCGUGGUGCAGAGGUGGAGGUGGUUGGUUUCAAUAGUUUGCUACAGGCCUGGGCCAGCCAUCAAACAGCUGAUCCCUACCGGAUCAAGGCUUGGCUUCAAAGGUUGGAAACAGAGUUUGCCGGGUUUGUGAUGCCCGAUGCCAUAAGUCAUAACUUAUUGAUCAAUGCGUCAGCAAUCGCGAUUGACAAGGACAUGGCUCAGGAGGCCUGGUCGAGACUAAAGGCUGCGAACUUGCGGCCUACACUGGCCAGCUAUCGUGCGUUUUCGAAGGUGUUGGCACGUCAUGGCGACUAUCGCCAGCUGUCUGAGAUUCUUGACGCGGCAGCGCAGUCGCGCCCACGAGAUUUGUUCUGCGAGCGCGCGUUCAUAAGCGCAUGUGCCAAUGCCUCGCCCAAGGCGGCCCAAGCAGCAGAGGAGGCUUUCUUAGCCUCGCAGCACCUGUUGAAAGAUGAUGCUCUUGCUCAACGAGCCCUUUGGCUGGCUGUGGGUGGGGCAAGAUAUUCCGUGCUCAGCCGGAAGCUGAACCUGCCAACAUACGAGCGCACAAAAGCAACCAGUCAGGCCCAGAGCGAAGGAAGCACGAGCACCUACACACCAACAAGUGAGAUCAAGCCGGCCCGCAGCACGACAGAAUUUGUGAUAAGCGAGGCGGUGACGGGCUUUUCUAUGGUGCCAGAGAUCGCCAGGUUUCCCUCUGAAUCCGCCGACUGCAAUCACUUCAAGACUGGUGAAAAUGGCGAGCGGUCUGAGCGGUCUGCUGGCCCCAAGCCAAAGCCGUUGCCCGAGCGCCCUUCCCUUGCUCUCUCCCGUGCCCCUGAGCAGCUGCUGCGGGUUGCUGGAGUUCUUUGUCCAUCAAUCCCUUCGAGCAAAACCCGUCCAAAUGCGAGGAUUCGCUUGCGCAAUUCCACUCAUUGA